AACCUUCACGAGCGGCUAUUGAGGGCCACACUUCACGCACCCAUGAGUUUCUUCGACACGACACCAUUGGGUCGGGUAUUAAAUCGGUUCAGUAAAGACAUCGAUAUAAUGGACUCGUCGAUGCAGAUGACCAUGAGGGUAUUAGUGAACACGAGUUUUCAAGUGUUGUCCACAAUUGUGAUCAUAUCUAUUCAAACGCCUAUAUUUUUGGCCGUUUUCUUCCCGAAGUUUUAUGUCGUAACGUCUCGACAGUUAAAAAGACUGGAAUCGAUAACCCGAUCGCCAAUAUAUUCACACUUCGGGGAAACGGUUAACGGCGUGUCCACUAUCAGGGCGUACGGCGUCAACGACCGCUUCAUAUCGGAAUCGGACGCCCGGGUGGACAGGAAUCAGAUGUGUUAUUAUCCCAACGCUAUCGCCAACUGUUGGCUUCAGGUGCGGCUCGAAGUGUUGGCCAAUUGUCUUGUAUUUUUUGCGGCACUGUUUGCCGUACUGGCCAAGGGGUCAAUGAACCCAGGUGAAAUUGGACUGUCCAUAUCGUAUGCAAUGAACAUUACUUUGGCGUUGAAUGCAUGCGUCCGUAUGUUUGCUGAGAUGGAGAACAAUGUGGUGGCCGUCGAGAGGGUUGACGAGUACUGUGGGGUCGAGUCUGAGGCCGAG